AUGGAUGCUGAUGCUGUGCAACACGAAGACGUGGAAAUUUGGCCACGGCUAAUUGGCUUACUCGAGCCCAACCCCGGCCUCCGUCCGCUCCAGCACAACAAGGUGAUGAUAGAUGGCCGGUCGAUGCGUGACAUGCCCGCCGGCACCAUUCUUGCCGUCAGCGUCGUCCUCGACCAGAAUCCUCUCCGAGGACGCGAUCCGCCACAGACCUCCGGCGGAUCCGCCACCGCCCUCGCGCCCUUGGUCACUCUCCACCGCUCCCUGCGUAAACUUGUCGAAACGGGCCUCUGCAAAGGUCACCGCUACCCACCGCCCGCCCGGCGGAACGAGGUAGGCCAAGUGCACGGCCAACAGGUUGAAUGGAUGAACGACACGCGUAUUACCCCCUCCCUCGAUGACGCGGAAGGCGCCUCGCCGCCGUCUCCCAACUGUCAUGCCAUGGCCCGCCUCCGCCCCCGCCGCCCCAUUCGUGGCAAAGAGCUCCUGCUCGCGCUGCUGGCUGAGCUCGAUGGCCGGCUUGGAAAAGUCGGUGUUGUGCACCUGCCGCGGGGAGGGGACCAGCCUCCGCAGCGCAAACGACACCGUCGAGGUGCCGCACCCGAUGUGGAAGAUCUUGGGCUCCGCGCGAGGCGACGCCUGGAGGGCUGCCGUGACGGCCUUGUCGAGAGCUGA